AUGCAUCACGGAAAAAGUACCGGACCGAAACCCUUGGGAAUUAUGUCCUCUGAAACAGUGCAGUCCAAUCAAGUUUGGCAGCGAAAUUGCAGCAACGGCAAGGAAGAUGAAGACAUUGUGGCGGCCGCACAUUACAGAAGUAGCUCGGAUGAUCGAUUGAAUAGCAAUGAUAUUAUUGAUAUGAAGAGUGUGAAAGUUGGUGACAGUGAUAGUUUGAAUAAUAAUGGCGAAGAUGAGGAUGAAGAAGAAGUUCUACUCGAACCUCGUUUCACAUAUUCCCGAAUUUUGAACAAUAUUCCAUCGGUUUUCUUGAAAGAUUCAGCCACUUGUAUAGCGGUUCAUGAUAAGUUCAUUGCUAUUGGAACACAAACGGGUCAUAUUCACAUAUUUGAUCACCUUGGCAAUAUUCAUUCCGAGAGUACAGCACGUCAUCAUCGAUGUGCGGUGACAUCCAUCUCAAUUGAUUCUGCAGGAAAGUAUAUGGCAAGUUGCGCAUUGGACGCUAGAAUUAGCAUAUGCGGUAUUGGUUCCGAUGAAUUUACUCAGACAAUUGAUUUGAAAGUAGCAGCACGCAGUGUAGCGAUAUCCCCCGAAUUUUCGAAGAGAGGCUCGGGGCAGAUGUUUGUUAGUGGUGAACGUGAUUUAGUUCUGCACGAACGUCGUUUUUUCGCUAAUCGUAAAUUUACGAUAAUAUAUCAAGGAUUAGAAAGAGACGGUUUGAUCAAUCAAAUUUCAUGGCACAGAUCUUGUAUUGCGUUCACAAAUGAUACGGGAACAAGAAUUUAUGAUAGGAAUGAAGAGCGUAUAUUAGCAUUAGUUCAACCGAUUCAUGACGUUACUUCAAUAACUGGUUACCGGUGCACUGCAUCGCAUUGCUGGAUGAAUGAUUUCACACUUGUUAUUGGAUGGGCUCAUACAGUUUCGAUUUGCGUCAUUCAGCCUCUGGGUCAGGAUGAGUCAUCGGUGAGCUCUACAAAUUCGCAGUCUCCAGCAAGGAAGAAAGGAGGACAAACGUCGUUAAUGCGGCGGGUUGAAAUUCAUUAUGCAUGGAAGUUGGAUAUGAUUGUGGCAGGUGUAUCAUUCACACUGAAGGAGAAUGAGACAGAUUUUUGGAAAGAAAUUGUGGUAUUUGGUAUGAAACGAGCUGUCACUGAUAAGGACGAAGAAAUAGUCGAAAUGGAAUUGGCUCUUUUGGAGCCAGACGGAAUUAAUUCAUAUUUAUUGAAUACGGAAGAUCGUAUUGAAAUGCGUAAUUGCAGUCUUCGAAAUCUACCUUAUUUCCAUAUGUGUGCAUUACCGUAUGAUUCACUUUACUUUCUACUUGGAUCUCAUGAACUCAUUCAGGCGCAGCCGUGUUCUGCGGACGAACGUGUACGUUGGUAUAUGGACAAUGGAAUGCUGAAAGAAGCAGUGGAAUAUGCGAACGAGCAUAAGAACUCGUUGAAGGAGCUGAACGCACUUCAUAUCGGUAAGGCGUAUAUCGAUUCUCUGAUUGCGAAGGGCCGAUAUCAUGACGCCGCAACCAAUCUUCGAACUGUAUGUGCUAAACAUAAAGAUCUGUGGGAAUAUUACGUGAAUGAAUUCGAACGUCAUAAUGUCGUAUUGCAAUUAGCAAAGUAUUUACCGGAGAAAGACCCUCAACUGGAACCUGAAUGCUAUCAGAAUGUAUUGGUAGCUGCACUUUACAAUCAUCCUUUAUUAUUUUAUGGUCUUAUAAAAACGUGGAAUCCAGAAUUGUAUCGUGUUGGUGCAAUAAUUGAUAUGGCAAUGAAACGUGUAAUGCAAAACACGCCGUCAAGACCGUUAAGUUCUCGAGAUAUAGCAGCCAUCUACAGAGCACUAGCAAUCCUGCACACUCAUGAACGGAAAUAUGAUAAAGCACUCGCGCUUUAUAUACGUCUCAGUGAUAAAACUGUUUUUCAAGUUAUCGAACGUUACCAUUUGUUCGAUUUGGUAAAAAACAAUAUCUCAAAAUUGAUGGAAGUGGACACUGAUUUAGCUAUUCGAUUGGUGAUUGAAAAUGCGAAUAGCCUUCCAGCAAGAACCGUUCUAACGCAAAUAGCCAAGUAUCCCAAAUUGCAGAUGGCGUAUUUGAAUCAGUUGUUCGAACGGAACGAAGGCAAUGAAUUUGCUGACUUGGCUGUUCGUUUAUAUGCAGAACAUGAUGCCAAGAAGUUGCUGCCAUUCCUUCGCAGUAAACAGUGUUAUGAUAUCACUAAAGCUCUUGAAAUAUGCGAGCAAAAGCAGCUGAUACAUGAGAUGGUAUUCUUAUUGGGACGUAGUGGAAAUUAUUCGAAAGCGCUGGAUGUUUUGAUGAAUAAGUUGGAUCGUAUUGAUAUGGCCAUUGAUUUUUGCCGAGAAAAUGAUGAUCGCGCGUUGUGGGAAGCGUUGAUUGAAUCGAGUAUGAAGAGACCUCAACGGAUUACGCAGUUGUUAAAUACUGCUGGUGAAUAUGUGAAUCCGUUGGAGGUGAUUGAGAAGAUCCCUGAACGUAUGCCUAUACCGGGAUUGCGCGACUCAUUAGCAAAGAUUCUUCAUGAUUUUGAGCUGCAACUACAAAUGCAAGCUGGUUGUCGUUCAGUGAUGUUGGAGAGUACAGAUGAUCUCUUAAGACGAUUUCUUGCACAGUCUGCUCAACCGUCUCUCAUUGAUAAUGAAGCAAAAUGUGUUCUUUGUUGUUCAUUGGAGAGGAAAAUUCUAAAUUGGUUUAUUGAAGCGAAACCAUAA